AUGCAGCCCAAGAUCUUCACAAAAGAAUUUCAUGAGUCAAUCACCUUUCAAAGAACAGCAGAAUCUGCGGAAAAGCAGAAUGAGAUGCAACAAAGGACUGGCUUGGUUGAAGCUAUAAUUAUUAGGGUCAAAGAUAGGACAAAGAUUGGGGGUUCUUAUUUGAAUUCUGAAGCGAUUUGCUGCACACCUGAUCUUGCCAAGGAUGGAUCCUGCAAGGUAGGAGAGGUUAUCAUCCAUCAAGAACCAGAUAAGCUUGAUGGGCCAACACGAAUUCAGACCUUCUUUGAAGGAAAAAACAGAGAGACCAAAAUGGCGCUUGAAACUAUUGAGAUCAAUAGUACUGGAAUGUAUUAUCUAUAUUUCAUGUUUUGUGACCCAGAACUAGUGGGCACGUUAAUUAGCGGACGAACAGUUUGGAAGAAUCCGGAUGGUUAUCUACCUGGAAAGAUGACACCGCUGAUGACAUUUUUUGGUUUAAUGUCUUUAGCUUAUAUUGUUCUAGGUCUCCUCUGGUUCAUCCGCUUUGUACGAUAUUGGAAAAAUGUGAUACAGUUGCAUUACCACAUCACAGCUGUAAUUGGCCUAGGGAUGUGUGAAAUGGCUCUCUGGUAUUUUGAAUAUGCAAAUUUCAAUUCCACUGGAAGCAGACCAAUGGGAAUUACAGUAUGGGCAGUUAGCUUCAGUGCUAUUAAGAAGACUUUCUCCCGUCUUCUUCUUCUUGUGGUUUCAAUGGGAUAUGGUGUUGUUCGUCCAACACUUGGCAAUAUAACCUCAAAAAUACUUCUUCUUGGUGUGUCAUACUUUGUGGCUUCUGAAGCUCUUGAGCUUGUUGAACAUUUGGGGAAUAUCAAUGACUUUUCUGGAAAAACAAGACUCUUUCUUGUGCUACCUGUUGUUCUACUGGAUGCCUGCUUUAUUCUUUGGAUAUUUUCAUCAUUAUCUAAAACUUUGGAGAAGCUUCAGCUUGAGCUAGGUCAAUGGAAUAUGAUAAAUUAGAGGUCAUGAUGCAUC